AUGAGUAGUGUACGGGUAGUUGCUCGGGUUAGACCGUUGUUGAAAUCGGAGAGAGAUGUGGAUGUUAUCCUUCACACAGGAUCCAAGCACACUCUGUCGAGCAAGGCGGAUCGAAAGAGCUCCCAAGAUACAUCGAAGCUGGCUGCGUUGAGGGACAGGGAUACGCUCGUUCGCAUUCCGAACCCGAAGAACGAGAACGAGGAGUACUCUUUUCAGUUCAACGCGGUGUACGAUGCGGAGGCAUCUCAGCAGGAGCUCUUCGAGGCGGAGGUUUCUCCCACCAUCAAGCACCUUUUCAACGGUUUCGAUGUCACACUUUUCGCAUAUGGUGUCACUGGAACGGGGAAAACGCACACAAUGAGGGGCGGUAAAAGCCUUGCUGAAAGAGGUGCUAUCCCCCGUCUCCUGAGUAGCAUAUACAGACGAAGCCGCAAGAUGGAGAAGGAUAGCGAUGGAGAGACCUCAGUCAACGUGUCCUUGAGCUACUACGAAAUCUACAAUGACAAGGUCUUUGAUCUCUUUGAGCCUCCGGAGAAGAGAACAAUGGCGGGCUUGCCGCUGAGGGACAACGGUGGGAAGACCGUAGUUGUAGGCUUGACGGAGAGGCCAUGUCAUACCUUGAAAGAAUUUGAGACCCUGUAUGACCAGGCAAAUAUCAACAGAUCUACCUCCGCUACCAAGCUCAACGCGCAUUCAUCUCGGUCCCAUGCUAUUCUCUGCGUGAAGGUCGCAAUCACAACCGGAGACCAAACCCGGGUCAGUCAUGCGUCUGCCAUUGACCUUGCUGGCUCGGAGGAUAACCGUCGAACGGACAAUGACAAGGAGCGCAUGGUGGAAUCCGCCAGCAUCAACAAGAGUCUUUUCGUCCUAGCCCAGUGCGUGGAAGCAAUCACCAAGAAGCAUCACCGGAUCCCAUACAGGGAGUCCAAGAUGACCAGAAUCCUCUCGCUAGGUCAGAACAAUGGGUUGACCGUAAUGAUUCUGAAUCUGGCCCCGGUUAGAUCGUACCAUUUGGAUACAAUAAGCUCACUUAAUUUCGCCAACCGCACCAAGAAAAUUGAGUUGCGCGAAGUAGAAAACGAGCCAAUCUUCAAAGGACCUCCGAGAGCUGCGCCACGACCCUCAGUUGCAUCCCAAAGACAACCUCUCCGGCCAUUGACAGCUUCUGUUAAUGUAAACCUCGCGGCUAAUAAGGACAAGGAACCCUCAAAACCCGCCGAUGGAAAGCCGGUAAAGGCGUUCAGUGUAUAUUCAGACAAGCCACGUCCGAGAACCUCAGCUCAAUUCAAAAAGCCCGAACUUCCUAGUCGGCCUUCACUAAGCUCUGAGCAGCCGGGAUUGCGUUCUGCAAAAGCUAGCCGACUGGCUCAACCACACAAGGCUCCUCCCAAACAUCAAGAGGACAUUUCGUCCAGGAUCGAGGAGCUAGUGGAGAAGAAAGUCGAAGAGAUACUCGCCGUUCGCGCAGUCAGCGAGAAAUCAAGGCAAACACAGAUCCGCGAGCUAGACGAACAAGUCCAGAGACGCCUAGAGCUUCUAGAGCAACGCAUCGAGGGAUCUGAGGAUGCCAGAGCAGAGGGUCUAUCGUACUUACUCAUGGCAAAGCAGCACCAGGGCCGCGGCGAGGACGGCUCAGCGCUAAGAAUGUAUCAACUAGCCCUUCCCUUCUUCCCGGAGAACGAGAAGCUCGUCAGAAAAAUCGACAAUUUAAAAAAGCACCUCGUGUCCAAGCCAUGUCAGAGCAUCGAAAUCACCAGCACCCCGACGAUAGAGUCUAAAAGGGGACUGGGUAGCAUGUUGUCACUGCCAUUAUCAAAGCAAGGCACUAAACGACCCGCAGAUGAAGUUGACGCAGACUACGAAGACCACGAGUCAUACGUAGCAGACUCGGAUGAUGCUUUUGAAGAGACCAAGCGCCGGAAGCGCACAAAGACUCAAAAGAUUAGCCCCGAAUUAGACUCACUUCCCGGAGACGGAGAAGACGACGAGUCAGUCCCCUCCCCUCGGACAAUCCACCUCCUCUCCAUUAUCAACUCCCGCGACGUCGGCCAAAUCAAGCUCCUGAAGGGUGUUGGUGCCAAGAAGGCAGAGGCUAUCGUUGACUGUCUCUGCGAGUUGGACCGAAGUCUAGAGAGAAAUGGGCAGACGCAGGUCUGUAUAAACAGCCUCGCGGAGCUGAGCAAGCUGAAGGGCUGCGGAGUGAAGACGGUCCAGAGCAUGCGAACCGGUGUUCUGGUAUAG